AUGAUCUCUAUGCUAACACAGGCCAGGGACAUUACCCCAGAGCCCAGCUGUGGCAGGACCACCAAUCCAGAUAUGAACUUCAGCAGUAGCCCUAGCCCAGACAACACCAUGGCCCCGGAUGACAGUGCAGGCCACUCAGAUCGGGAUGUCCCGGGUGCCAUCAGCCUACAAAUAUAUGCUGAGGUCUCAGAGACCCGGUUGAUGUGGAUCCUACGCUUGCACCACACAGUUAUAUAUAUCUUCUAUGGGCUUCUGGGUGUGACCAGAAUCUUAAGCACUACCAUUAAAUCGCUUCCAGUCUCCUUAACCAAGCUGGCAUUGUCAAAUGCCUUCCUUGUCCAAACUUUCAUCAUGUACAACCACACUCAUGGCCGAAUCACGGUCGAUGAUUUUUUGCACAAGAUACUGGCUCUUGCUACCUUCUUAUCAGGCCUGGUUUCCUUCAUGGAGGUCCUCACAAAGAAUAAUAUAACCCUGGAGCUGCUGCGGUCAAGUCUCAUUAUGCUCCAAGGGACUUGGUUAUGGCAGAUGGGUUUUGUCCUCUAUAACCCGACUGGAGGUGUUGCCUGGGAUCUGACAGAUCAUCACAACACUAUGCUUCUUACCAUAUACUUUUGUUUCCAUUGUGCAUUUGCCUAUAUCAUCAUUGGAGUGAAUUAUGCUGUUGUCAUUUGGUUGGUGAAAUGGAGACUUAGGAAGUUCUGCUUCACACAAGUUCCACUCCUGAAAAAUGUCGGGCAAGAGGAAGAAUCAGAAGAGAUGUGAACUUGAUGGGCAGCCAUUCAUUCUUACACAAACCUUUUCUUUAUUGUAAUGAACCUUACUUUCCUCUUGCUUUUGAUCUGCAUUCAGUACACACAAUCUGUACUGUUUAUAGUUCCAAUUUUGUUAAAAGCACUUAAAUGUAGUUAUUUCAUUUUUAUCUGAAAGAACUUUGGAUGACAAGAUUAUUUCACACACAUGGUAUCAUAUAGUCAGAAUCAUAUAUAAAAAUAUUUGUUUUAAUUCUCCAGGCUCCUGGUCUUGCUGUAUCUUGCAGUUCAUUAAAAAUGGAGCAACGAAAGAAAUUAAUAUAGAAACCUCAUGUCUUUGUUUUCAUCACUGGGCUAUACCACAUUCUUAUGUGGUGCAGAAAAAGCUGAGUAAUUCAGAAAUACCUUUCUGUGAGACAUCCUCCAUGGAAAAACAGACAGAAACCAGGAUAGUAGUAUAUAUCUUUAAUCCCAGUGCUCAUACUGUGAGAUUGGGAGCAUAGGUAGGAGAAUUUCCGGAAGCUCUCAGACUGGCUAAUCCUGUGUACACCACAGUGACCAUC